UGCAGAUGUGCGCGAUACCAAUGGGACGUUACUGCGCAUGUGCUGAGGGAAUCUACAGCAGGAGGCGUGAGACUGUCGACAACUGAGGAUAGCUAGCGUGAAUGAUAUACCGUGUACACGGUGUGCAGUAGACAACUGGCGCUUUAAAUUAACUUCAUCAACCUCAACGUUGCCAUGUCUGCCGGGAACGCAAAGAUCGGCCAGCCCGCACCUCCGUUCCAAGCCACUGCAGUUGUGGAUGGGCAGUUCAAAGAGAUCAAGCUCUCUGACUACAAAGGGAAGUACUUGGUGCUCUUCUUCUACCCCCUUGACUUCACCUUUGUCUGUCCCACGGAGAUUGUGGCCUUCAGCGACCGGGCGGAAGAGUUCCGGAAGAUUGGCUGUGAGGUCAUCGCUGCCUCCGUCGACUCGCACUUCAGCCACCUGGCCUGGAUAAACACACCACGGAAGCAGGGCGGCCUGGGCCCUAUGAAGAUCCCUCUGCUGGCUGACCUGGGCAAGUCCAUCUCCCAGGACUACGGAGUGCUGAAGGAGGAUGAGGGCAUCGCCUACAGGGGCCUGUUUGUGAUUGACGAUAAAGGCCUGCUGAGGCAGAUCACCAUAAAUGACCUGCCUGUGGGACGCUCAGUGGACGAGACCCUACGGCUGGUGCAGGCCUUCCAGCACACCGACAAGUUCGGAGAAGUGUGUCCAGCCGGCUGGAAACCAGGAAGCGACACCAUUGUUCCGGACGUCCAGAAGAGCAAGGAGUAUUUCUCAAAACAGAACUAACUCGUCCCUUUCUGGCCCAUGCGCACUUAUCUCCCUGAACCCGAGCACUUAACGUUCCCGAAUUACUGCUCACAUUGGCCCCCCUCCCCCACCAUCUCCAUGCACACGUUCUAGACGCAGCAUCCUGUUAUAGAACUCAUGUCUGAAUGGAAGUAAAGCAGUGAGUCCUCGUAAGCACUGAAACUGUGAGCCAUGUUUUUUUCUAGAAGGUUAUUAUGCCAGGAAAGGGAAAGAUGAAAAAUAAGAAAAACCUGAAGUGUUUUUAUGGUUGCUAAACUGAUGAUCAAUAUCAGAAGUGUCAAGAGAACUGGAAUGAUGAGUUAAGGUAAUUCUGGUGACUUUGUGACUGGAGAAAUAAAGAUCAAACUGAAUUUAAAAUAUA